GCCAGAUUUCUCAACUUCUACAAUCACAUGCCCAAGUGGUCUCUGCUGUACUAGAGAUAUGAUAAUAUGGUGGAAACAAAUCAAGAAAGAAACAUGCCUAGUGCAGAUUUUUAGGCUUAGAGGUUGAUGAGUUUCAUUGCUAAAAGCUUCAUUGAAGAAUUGUUAAAUCAGGUAUUAUUAUUAUUAUGGCUUUUGAUGAAACUGGUGGUUUUCGUAAAGCAAACACGUAACUUGUAAGUAUUGACUUCUCUUUGGUUUAAUUACAGUCUUCAUACACUUUGUACCAUUUCUGAAAAAAAAAUGUUUGCUUUGUCUUAUGAGCUAUGAAAUGGCAGUAAUGAAAAGCUUAUAAUUGCAUUUACUCGUCCUUUUAUGAAUAUGGAAUGGAAUCUGUGUGAACAUAAUUUUACUGCAACUGCAUGUGUGUCCCUAGCUAGCUAGAACUAGGCACCAUAUAACUUGUAAGCUUAGACAAGUACGUCAAACAUAGAUUGAUGGCAACAAGCUCAUAAAUAUGAGUAGCACAUAUUAAACAAAACAUUAAUCUCGCUUAGUAGUUUGUACUUGUACAACAAGAAGAAAGAUAUUCAAGAGCACAUGUGCUAAAGGGUCAUCAUAUUGGUUAUCAGUAUUUCAACCAUGUGGAUAGUAUCAAUUGCCCGAUAGAACAGCGUGCAUUUAUUCAGAAGAGAGGAAGUUUUUUCUAGGCUCCAUAGGCUCGCCCAGCGCCUAACACAACAUAGAAUCCACAUUCUUCUAGUUGGGUGCCUCAUUCUCACUAUGAUCAGUGUUUAAAAAGGAGGGGUACAAAGAUUGGAUCACCCAAACAGAAGAACACAACAGUUUGGUUGCCCUCUGAUUACUUUUUUUUAUCAUUAAAUCGCACGACCCAAAUGUGGUAGUGGCAAUGGUAAAUAUGGUACGGGAAGAUGAAUCUUGUCACAUGUACUACUUGCCUAGCUAGACAAAAUGGUCUCAACAAGAAUCAUCAAUUUGAGUUCUUGUGGUCCAAAACUCACAACAUCACACUUAUAAGAACCUUUGUUUUGUUUCAGCUGAAAAUGCAAGCAAAACGAAAGAAAAUAUUAUUGUUGUUCUUAGAGUUCAGAGUAGAACUAAAAACCCUAUUGACAAAUCAAUAUGAAUCUUAAGUUUGGUUCCAAGUACUUGAUUACCCAGCUUUUAACUCUCUUUCUUGUUCCUUAUGUUGCUGUAAUGCUCAUUGAAACAAUUAGCCGAGUAGAAUCCAAAAAUGUAUAUCAGCUUUGGCUUCAAUGUUUUCAGUACCAUCUGGUUAGCAUGAUUACCUGUUUUGUUCUCAUUGUUCUUUGUUUGAUACUUUAUGUAAUGACACGGCAUAAACCUGUCUACCUCGUCGAUUACGCUUGUUAUCAACCACCUGCAGACCUUCAAGCUCCGACGGAAUAUUACCUAGAACGUGCUAAAGCUCUUGGUAAUCUCGAUCAAUCUUCGUUUGAGUUCCAGCGCAAGAUUCUUGAGCGGUCUGGACUAGGUGAAGAGACUCAUCUUCCUAAAGCAUUGCACUGCAUACCUUCAAAAGCUUCAAUGGUCACUGCUAGGGAAGAAACGGAGCAGGUCAUGUUUGGUGCUCUGGAUAAUUUGUUUAAUAGUACAAAUGUUAAUCCCCAAGAUAUUGGUAUUCUUGUUGUGAACUGUAGUCUAUUUGAUCCAACUCCUUCGCUUUCAGCCAUGAUAGUUCAUAAGUAUAAACUGAGAAGUAACAUUAAAAGUUUCAAUCUAGGAGGGAUGGGCUGUAGUUCUGGAGUAAUUGCAGUUGACCUGGCAAAGAACUUGCUUCAAGUCCAUCGCAAUACUUGCGCGAUUGUUAUGAGCACGGAGAAUGUUACCCUGAGUACGUAUUCUGGUGACAACAAAUCUAUGAUGAUAACUAAUUGUCUGUUUCGUGUUGGUGGUGCCGCCAUUCUUCUUUCAAACAAAUAUGCAGACAGACAGCGAGCUAAGUACAAACUGGUUCAUGUCGUUAGAACCCAUCGUGGGUUGGAUGAGAAUUCAUUCAAAUGUAUUUACCAAGAGCAGGAUGAAACUGGUAUUGUGGGUGUUUCACUGUCCAAAAAUCUUACAAGUAUAGCCGGAGAGGCCCUUAAGAUCAAUAUCACCACCCUAGGUCCGCUCGUCCUACCCAUCAAAGAACAACUUCAUUUUUUCAUUACCAUUGUGGUGAAGAAACUGUUCAGGAAAUCAAAAAUGAAGACUUACAUCCCAGAUUUUGAGCUUGCAUUUGAUCAUUUUUGUAUACAUGCUGGGGGAAGAGGAGUGAUUGAUGAACUAGAAAAGAGUUUGCAAUUGUCUUCAGUUCAUGUUGAAGCUUCUCGAAUGACUCUUCAACGAUUUGGCAAUACAUCAUCUAGCUCAAUUUGGUACGAGUUGGCUUACAUCGAGUCCAAAGGAAGAAUGCAUAAAAAUGAUCGCGUAUGGCAGAUUGCAUUCGGAAGCGGUUUUAAGUGUAACAGUGCAGUCUGGGUAGCGCUCAAGAAUGUAAAGCCAGCUUCAUAAACUAAUCUUUUCCCAAGAAUAAUGGAAGAUAAGGAUGAACUACUGUGCACAAGUCAGAUUUAUGUGCAUUUGUGUUUUCAUGACGAAAUGGUUUACUGUUUUUUCUA